AUGGCUGAACCUGGCAAGCCAACCACCCACGAGUCCUCAUCAACUGCCUCAGCUCCGUCAUCAAGCGUUCCUAUUGCAAGCCAAGCGUCGUUGAGGCCAUCUGCCUCAUUAAAUACUAAUGAUAACUCCAAUCAAAAGCAGAAAAAAGUGUGGGAUUAUUAUUCGGAUGACGCAUCCUCAAGGCGGUCAGAAGAGCCGCAAGGAGACAAUACUCUGAAACCAUCAAGUUCGAUUGGCUCGCUCUCGUCCUCCUCUAAUACUAACAGCAAGAACAACGUAACCCCUCAUUUGAAUAAAUGUGACAAGAAGAGCCGGCCAGGAGACAUCCAAGUUUGUUGUCGAGAAUUACGAGGCGACGAUGAGCGUCAUCUCAUCAACCCUGACAUCGUUCGUGAUGUAAUCAUCGGCUUGAGUGAUGGAUUGACGGUACCCUUUGGACUUACGGCUGGUCUUUCAUCGCUCGGCUCAUCUCGUCUGGUGGUAGUUGGAGGAAUAGCUGAACUAAUCUCCGGAGCGAUUUCGAUGGGGAUCGGUGGUUAUUUAGCGUCAGAAGCCGAACGAGACCAUUUCAAGUACCUUCAAAAAACGACUAAGGACCGAGUGACGAGGUCAUGCUCUGGGGAGAUGGAGAGAGAGGUGCACGAAGUUCUUGGCCCGAUAGGCUUGGACGAAUCGAUCUCACGCACCGUCGCCUCAGCACUUCUUCGGGUCGAGUCGGAAGCCAACGAGUCUACCGACGGUACAGCAGAUCCAGUGGAAGAAAGUACGGCACAUUGGAUUUUGAGAUGCUUGGGUCGUCAACCCAAAUUCCCCAAGCAGAUCGACGAAGCCAACCAUCAGCUCAGAUGGGCCAAAGACGUCGGCAUCACCGCCUUCUUAUUGAAGUUCGGCGAAGGUUUAGAAGAAGUUCCGGAGUCUCGCCUCUACAUCUCUGCCCUCACCAUCGGCUUGUCUUACUUUAUUGGUGGCCUUGUGCCCAUGGCACCUUAUUUCUUUGUUGAAUCAGCACAAAUUGCAUUAUAUUGGAGUAUCGCAAUCAUGUUCAUCACUUUACUGAUUUUUGGUGUAUUUAAAGCGUACUUCACAGGUGCUAAGAUAGGGUUUACCGGCUACCUUAAGGCCAGUUCUGCGACGAUCGUCGUGGGUGGAUCUGCCGCUGCGGCAAGUUGGUUGAUAGUUAAAGCACUUGAGAAACCUUAG